ACCUGAAAGAGAUUGUGCAACUUAUUCACAUAUGCUCAAUGACUCAUUUAUUAUAAUCUGAAAAGAUAUAAUAUGGAUAUGGAGUUAGAUAUGUUCUGUGUAGACCAUAAAAGAGAAAAAAAUACCAAAUUGGAGACAUAGGAGAGAGUCUACACCAACAUUAAUUACCUUAUGAUAGCUCUAAUAAAAGAAAUGGGUGGGUUGGAUUAUUUGUAGCUGGAAAAAUACAGACAGACAGGAUGUACCCUUUCCUGGGAACACUGUAGAGAAGAUUCAGGUGGUUUGAUCUGAAAUUUAUGAUUUGUGAGUCUAAUGGGACGCCUCAGGGCAGGUGAUGGGAAUAAAUAAAGCUGGAGGCUUUCUCUAGGAAAUUCUCAGGAAUGGGCCCCAACAUGUACCGAUUGCUUCUGCUGGGCAUAUUCACAGUGCUCUUCAUGGAUGAGGUUAUUCGCUAUUGCAAUCUAUGUGAUUACUUCGAUGGAUUUAAGUGCAUCAGUGGCAAGAAAACAUGCUGGAAGUUUAACGUAUUGACCUAUAACAGGAGUUGUAGAACAGAUCACUUUUAUUUUGGUGAUCGCACAACAAGUAAAUAUUUAUAUCGUUAUUCAAGAGCAUCUUGUAAACCUUGUGAAGAGGGAAUGACUCAGGUGUUCCAUGACUUAAUAAGAGAAACAUAUUGCUGCAAUGGUGAUGAUUUUUGCAAUAAGCCUGGUGAAGUUCCAGAUAUUACAACGCUAAGUGAACAAGAUAAGGAAGGAAAUUGGAUACCAGAUGUAGAAAAUACACAUGAGGGUGAGGAUGUUAUCGACGUCCCAAGUGGAUCAGAAACAGACUGAAGUGUUGGACUUGCAAGCAUGAGGUCCUGAGUUUGACCCCUGCAUCUCGUGUUCUUAGAGUGGUGCUCUGCCCCUCAUGAAUAAAUAAAUAAUUCUUUCCCAAAAAGAUGUUGGGAGGGGCUGGGAUAGAACUCCUCCAGUGGGGCAUACACUUUACUGUGCACUAGGAUGUGGGUUUGAGCCCCCAGCCACCACAUGGGAGCACCGUGCAGAAGUGAAGCUUCAUGAACGCUGGAGUGAAACGGUGGUGUCUCUCCUUUCCACUCUGUCUCUUACACUCUAUCUAGAAGGAAAAAAAAGGCAACCAGGAGCAGUAGAAUCAUGUAGUUAAAGGAGUUCCAGUGAAAUCCUGGUAGUGAAAAUAAAUAAACAAAAUGAGAUUUGUAAACCAUUUCUCCUAGUAAUCUUUGC